AGGAGACCCCCAGUCGCCCCGUCCAAUUUCCUCUUACUAACAUAUUUGAUCAAUAUGAAUACUCUUACGCCGAUGAUGACAACGACCCAGAAGACUUAGACACCGACACUUCUGACUAUGCAGUAACAAUUACAUCGAAAGAAGAAAAUAUGAAUAUUACUAACGCAUCGAAAACAUUACUCCAAGGUCAAACACCUCCUGGAAAAAUACGAAAAACUGACCUGUACCAUAUAGUACCAGCUGUUUCGAGGCUUAAAGUAAAGAAAUAUCAACGAAAGUUAAAUAAACUUUAUGCUGACUCCGAUAAAACGGACAAUAUCUGGUAUGUUCCCGAAGAGUAUCCCUGCUGGGAGUUACCUAUAAUGUUUGGUAGAUUUAAGACUAGAGCUAAGUACUCUGAUGUAUUUGUUUUAAAAGGUGGAACUCUUGAUGGCAUAUCACUUGAACCGGAGACCGAAGUUAAAUUUAUUCCCCGUAGGCGCAGUGACGAUUCUGCCAGCAAAUGGUGCGAUCAAGGACCUUGUUACGGUGAUCACACUCUGUGCACUUUUCCAAAUAACUCCAUAUCUAGAAUAUGUGAUAAAAAUUACCAAGUCAAGAAACUCACUGUGUACGAUCAAGUAGUAGUACUAAACACCAUAAAUACUAUGAGAAACCGUGUUGCAAUGGGCACGGCAGAAGUUUAUUCUCACUUGCCUACUGCUGCUAAUAUGCAACAAGUCAUGUACGACGUGGAUUUAGCAAAGAUUUCCGAUAGAUGGCUUCGACAAUGUCUUCCUGGCCCCGCUCCUUGUUCUUCGUUAAAAGACAAGCUGGUGACACAAUUGGAGUGCAAGAAGUGUUUGAAAUACUGUUGUAAAGGAGCAAACGACGACGACUGUGUACCGCGUAAGGAAUGUUUCGUGUCAGUAUUAGUCGGAUGUCUUCACGCCUGGUUUUUAAAUGCUGGUGAAAAACUAGAAAAGCGGGACGUGGACUGUGGACAUAUUACUCAGUGGACCUUCCGUACUGCGCAGAUACUAUGGGCGAAUACUGAUAAAAUGGGCUGUGCUUACGGAAUAAGAAGCAAUGGUGACAUUAGAGUUGUGUGCAAUUUUUCCCCUGGAGCAACAUUUUACUUGAGAACUAAGUUCUUCUGCGGCAUAAUACCUUACAGCGACGUAACAGAACACUUUGAAGAAGCCUCUAAUUACGAUGUCACAAGUUUGGAGUUUUUGGCGAAAUUAGGGAUUCAGAUGAAUUUAACAAAUCUGUCAACUCCUAAACAUUGGAGGAAGUCGUUCAUUCCGGAAUAUGUUUUCCGAAGUUUUACACCUUGGGGUGUAUCAUUUUUGCGUAACAAGUUAGAGGGAAAACUAAGAUCUUACGAGGGGGAUUAUGAAAACGGGACCAUAGGAGCGGUAGCUAGGCUGGUGACAAGGUAUUCGUUUCACGAAGAAUCCAAUGCUAGAUGUGAUACUGGUGAACCGAUUUAUGAGAGCGGCGAAGCUGGCAGCCAGUGCGUGGAGACCGGCCGGGUGUUCACAGCUCUAUGUUACAGUUAUCGAGAUCCUUAUCCUGGCUAUAGACUGGCAGCAAUUAUAGCGCCAGUAGCACUGUUCUCGCUGAUUUUAUACGAUUUGUUUAGCGGUGUUCUUAGGCAAACUAACUUUUGAAACUAAGUUGCAAGAAUUUUAUAAUAUGUUAGAAGAAUAAAUGA